AUGUAAAUCUCUUAGGAGAAGAAAAAGAAAUUUGCUUAUUAAUUUUAUUAAAUUUGCUUUUUUAAAAAGAAUUAGAUAAACAAAGAGCUAACAUAUUCUUCCUUACGAUCUCAUGCUUAGAACAUUUACAAGUUCCUAAGAAAAUAAGAAUUGAAACAUGUAGCAGAUCGAAGACAAUUAGCUUAUGAUGAAUACGGAACAUUCAUUACUAAUAACAAUUCUCAAAAAUCAAUAACUAAUAUUCCAUAUACACAAUAAUAAAAUAAGUUAUUAAAUAAUUUUAAUAUAAAAACUUUAAUGUAUUAAAUUAAUAUUUAUUCUACAUAUGAAUUGUAUCAAACUUUUAAGUAGAAAUAAUUUUCAAUAAAUAAAUAAAUUAAUUAAUAUCUCAAUCAAUACUUCUAUUUUCAUUAAAACAAAAGAUUUUUAAAAAUACUUACUUAGAUUGUAUUUCUGUAAAUUUAUUUUUAUAGUUUUCAAAUUAUUGAUCUAAACAUUUCUUAAAUAUUUAAAUACAAUACAUUAGAUAUAUAACUAGUUUUAAUAAUUUACUUUGUUUUAAAAUACAUAAAAAUCCUUUUAAAAAAUGAUUUUGAGCAGAAGUUUCUAAAAGUUAGCUUCAAAAAAAUUGCAUUAAAAAAAUAUAUAUCACUACAACAGUCUGCUUGGUAGGCCAAUCGAUUCUUUAGCAGUCAACUCGCUUAUAAAUUUUGA